UUGAGAAAUCGAGCUCGCAAACGCGUCCUUAAAUCUUGAACAGAGGCAAGGGCAAUACGGUAAAUACAGCUCGCUCACUCACGUCCAUAAAUAUCCAAAAACCCUAGCCGCCUUCUUCCUCCGCUCGAUCGAUAGCACCAGACGCUAUACCGGAGCAUCGCAGAGCCGAGAGAGCGAGAGCGUACCGAUGACGACAAGGUUCAAGAAGAACAGGAAGAAGAGAGGUCACGUGAGCGCUGGCCACGGCCGGAUUGGAAAACAUCGCAAGCAUCCCGGAGGGCGGGGAAACGCCGGUGGCAUGCACCACCACCGAAUCCUCUUCGACAAGUACCACCCUGGGUACUUCGGGAAGGUCGGCAUGAGGUACUUCCACAAGCUCCGGAACAAGUUCUACUGCCCCAUCGUCAACAUCGACAAGCUCUGGUCCAUGGUGCCCCAGGACGUCAAGGACAAGGCCUCCCCGGACAAGGCCCCUCUCAUCGACGUCUCGCAGUUCGGGUACUUCAAGGUCCUCGGCAAGGGCGUGUUGCCUUCGCAGCCGCUUGUUGUGAAGGCCAAGCUCGUGUCAAAGACUGCCGAGAAGAAGAUCAAGGAGGCCGGCGGUGCCGUUGUUCUUACCGCUUAGGGUUGGUGUAAUUUGUUCCCUAUUCUCUUAAUCCGAUUUCGUUAAUCUUUAGGGUUUUAAAUUUUGUUGUUUCUGUGCUCAAUCUGGAACAUUUGACAAUUGUUUCAACUGAUUUUGAGCCCCCCCUUUUUUGCUUUAAUCAUUUCGAAGGCUACUUUUGUUGGAUUCUGUUAUUUGGGUGUCAUUUUAUGAGAAAUGCUAUACAUUUAUGUUUUUCUA